GCAAUUUUCCCAUCUUUUUCCUCCUUGCGUUCUAGUGCAUGGCAAUAACACGACCAAAGCGCUUGAGUAGGUACAACCAACAUGAUGUAGGUAGAAUUAACGCUUGGAUUUACACGGGAAUAAGAAAAACCAAAGUUACUGUGUUUAACAGGAAUUUACCACGGUGCCCCUUAAACAUCGCGUUUAACAAAGGAAAACCUCUUUAUUUUGACUGAGGAAAUCUGGGAAAUAAACGUGUAUUUUAAAUACUGAAAGCAGGUAACUCAGCUAGCAAAUACUGCGAUCCAGACACGACAAAAGUGAAGCAACGCUGAGAGAAGCAGAAAAAAUCGAAGUCAAGGUUUUAAUACACCGAGUGAUCUUGAUCAAAAGUCUACCUCGAACAGCCUAAAAGGAAUUUAAAAGUCUGACACUUUUUUGGAAAUGGAUUUAUUGAAAUUUUUAGUUUUGAAUUCGGUUGGAUGUUGUUUAACAUCAGAGGGGACUGAUAUUACAGUAUGCGAAGAAAUUUACUGAAGUGUGAAUGUGAAGGGGGAGAUAAUAAGCACUGAAGGGAUAAAAAAAGGUAAAGCGACCGGAAGAGUAGAGGAACAGUUUCGGAAAGAUGCAAAACAACAGUGCGGAUGAAACGGACACAGAAGUGGAUGGGGGAGCGGAUAACAGGCCUUUGACAAAACGGAAACUUAUGAAGCGUCGGCUAAGUCCGUACAAAUUCAAAAGCGAGGAACUUGAGAAAUUGUAUCAGAAGUACAUCUACAACCUCCAACAAUCCGCUCUUCGGUAUACCUUGGGCGUCUUCAUAGUCCUCACAGCAACAUUAUCAGCACUGGAGUUUGCUUAUAUUCAAGAUGUUACUAUAUAUGGAAUUUGUCAUGGAGUGAUGUGUCUUAUUUUCGUCUCAAUGUUUAUUCUAUUGCUAACUUUUCUUUUUAAUUACGAAUGCAUGCGAGAGGUCCAUUUUAGGGUUGUGGUUCAUGUGAUUUUGUUUUUCAUGAUCUGCUUUGCUGUGCUUUCAUUUCCGUUUGACCUUGAUCACCCCUUGGCGCCCCGGCCCAUGUACACUCACGCGGACGGAGUGUGGCAGAUUGUCUUUGUGGUGUUCAUUAUUUACUCGCUGGUGCCUCUGAGGACAUUUCUGGCCGUAAUCUGUGGCGUCAUGAUUCCAGUGAGUCACGUGAUUGUUUGCAUCGUCACGAAGACAGGAAGUGAUUCUGAUUGGUGGAGACAGCUGCUGGCAAAUAUUAUACUCUUCAUAUCGGUCAAUGUGGCGGGGAUUUUCAUCAACAAUGUCAACCAGAGGGCGCAACGAAAGACCUUCGUAGACACUCGGAACUGCAUAGCCGCAAAAAAGGAAAUACAAGAGGAGAACGAAAAACUGGAGCGGCUGUUGUUGAGUGUUUUACCUCGCCAUAUUGCCUCAGAAGUUAAAGAUGACAUCACGAUAUCUGAAGAUGAACAGCAGUUUCACAAGAUUUACAUCAAGCAUUACGAACCUGUCAGCAUCUUGUUUGCUGACAUCGUGGGCUUUACUAAAAUGUCAUCCCAAUGCACGGCACAGGAGCUGGUAAGGAUACUAAACGACCUCUUCGGAAGCUUCGAUCGCCUGGCAAAGUACUACGACUGUCUCAGAAUCAAGAUUCUAGGGGACUGUUACUACUGCGUCUGCGGUGUACCCCAGAAAAAUGAUGACCACGCCAAAAUUGUCGUAGAUAUGGGACUGGAUAUGAUUGACGUCAUUCGUAUGGUUUGUGAUAAGACUGAUGUGAAUUUGAACAUGCGCGUUGGAUUGCAUACCGGAAGAGUGCUAAGUGGGGUUCUGGGAUUGAAAAAAUGGCAGUUUGAUGUUUGGAGUGAUGACGUCACACUGGCAAACCAAAUGGAGUCCGCUGGAAUCCCAGGGAGAGUGCAUUUGACGAAAGCAACAUUACGUCAUCUUCCCGAAGAGUAUAAAGUGGAGCCCGGAAAUGGCGGAGACAGGAACUCUUAUUUGAAAGAAAGAGGGAUUGAGACGUUUCUUAUUACUGAAAGUCCCCCUAGAAAUACUCCGGGAAUCUGUAUGGGACGCAGUAACUUGAUCCGAGCCAAGAAGCCGUCUUUCCGGAACACCUCUAGAAUUGUCUUGCGGCUAAUGCAGAUUCGACUAAAUGCAGAAAUUCCAUUCUCUGACGUCCUUAACCUCCAGUCAGAUCCGCCACGCCAAGAGCCAGGAUCAAAAUUGUCAAACUUUAAAUACUCCGUGAGGGACAAAAUAAGAAAAGCCUUCCAGGGACAGUCAAGUCGAGGUCCCUCUAAGCAGCAGACCUCCACCGAGUCGGCCAACUUGUACAUAUCCCAGGCACUGAAAGCACGAAACCUGGAGAAAGAGAAACGAGAUCAAGUCAACAGCUUUACCCUCAGAUUUAAAAGUUCAUUCCAAGAGAAAAGGUACCAAUCUACAAACGACUUUGCCUUCAGUAGCAGUAUGAUAUGUUCCCUAGUUAUGCUGAUGUGUAUGGCGGGCGUUCAAACAGCCAUUUUACCAAGAACCAUGCUGCUUUUGAUUUUGUUCCUGACUACGUUUUGUUGGAUCGCUCUUGUAUUGAUGUUAAUUUUAAGCGUCAAACUCAAAUGCACCGUCUUUGAUAUUCGGAAGUCCUCGGGGCUCAGACUGUUUAUAAUGCUGACAACGAUAAUUCUGAUUUAUUCCAUGUCUCAAGUUAAUAUUUUCUGUUGCCAAUCUUCAACACUAUUUGAAGCCUUGACAAUGACGAGUUUGACCGGAAGUGGUGACACACACUUAUCAUGUGAUUACCCACAAUACAUUUUUCUAGCUGGGGUGCUGAGUUUUAUUUCCGUUUCUGUGUUUUUGAAGCUGGCGGCGGGAAUUAAGCUGCUGUUAAUGGUUCUCAUGUUAGCCGUAUACACUGUUGUCAUGAAGGUCACCCAUCACAAAAUAUUCGAUUCUUUUGAUGGAACGCAUGAACGACAUGUGCCAACUUGGGUGACCGGAUUGGUGGUCCUCAUUGUGUUUAUGUUGACCUUGUAUCUUCAAGGUCGACAGCAAGAAUGGACGUCGAGAAUUGACUUCCUAUGGAAGUUACAGGCUACAGAAGAGAAAAUUGGGAUGACGGAAGUUCAGAACAACAACAAACGGAUAUUGUGUAAUUUACUUCCGGCUCACGUGGCGGCCCAUUUCUUAGACACAUCCAGCAAAAAAACGGAACUUUACAGUCAGUAUUAUCCAAAAGUGGGCGUUUUCUUUGCAUCCAUUCCAAACUUUUCUGACUUCUACAUAGAGCUAGACGCAAACAACCAAGGCAUGGAAUGCUUGCGUGUCCUGAAUGAAAUUCUUGUUGAUUUUGAUGAGCUUUUGAAUGAGCCAAGGUUUCGUGCAAUUGACAAAAUUAAAACCAUUGGUAGCACGUAUAUGGCCGCCGUAGGACUAAUACCCGAUUACAGGAUACAGGAAACCCAAGGUUCCAUGUCAAGCUAUAUGGAGCUACUAAUUGAAUUUGUCCUAGCAAUGAAGGAUAAGCUGCAAGUCAUUAACGAAAACUCGUACAACGAUUUCCAGCUGAAAGUUGGGGUAAAUAUUGGACCCGUCGUAGCUGGCGUUAUUGGAGCCAAGAAACCCCAGUAUGAUAUCUGGGGUAAUACCGUGAAUGUUGCAAGUAGAAUGGAAAGUACUGGGAAGCCCAAUGCCAUUCAGGUAACAGAAGAUGUUUACAACGUGUUGCAUGAAAAGUACGAAUUCCAAUGUCGAGGAGUGAUAAAGGUCAAGGGCAAAGGUGACAUGGUGACAUAUUUAUUAGUAGGAAGGCGCCAACCAGGAAGCGUCAUACAUACAGCGUCAUCGCCACGUCUGUCAGCCGCCAGUAUGCCAAGGUCUCCUCCUCUAAGUCAGCACCCCAGUUCCCCGAGCUUGCUCACCCCUGGAUCAAGAGUUUCAGGGGUGGAGGCAUCACCCAGCAUCAACAGUAUGAAUAAUAUAUCAAACAGUCAUGUAUCAGGACAAUCUGGAAGUGGAGCCUUAGUAGUAAGAAAUCCCAGUGCUGCAAGUCUGUCUUCUCACGAAAGUAUAUCCAGAAAUGAGUCUUUUCGUUCACAAAACCGUUUGCCUUUGAACUUUGACCCAGCAAAAGGAAUGCCAACUCCACCGGGAAGUCUGAACCGAAAAAGACGCAACAGUACUGAAAGUCCAAAAUAUCCAUCAAGAAAACCGACAUCGAAUGCUUUAUCACAUUGCAUUUCCGGUCACAUAUCCGAAACGGAAUCGGAAGUGACGUAUGCACGAAUGGAUUCUCCAGAACUCCCAGCCAUUCAUUUUAUGAAUAUGAAGACGCAGAAUGUCCAUCCCUUACAAAACUCCAUGUUUGAGAAUCUAAAAACAAGUCCAAAUACAUCAGAACACAGCAGUGAGCACUUUUUACCGAGUCUUAAUUCUUACCCAGGAAGCAAUGUAUCACGAAUGCCAAUGAACGAUUUGUACGCAACUCCCAUUUUCGAAGACGAGGCCAUUAAUGUAAAUACUCCAUUACUACAGCAAUCACCUUCACCACAGAAUCGUGACGGAGGCCACUAUAAACAAAUUCAACGAAACGUCAGCGAUAGCAAUCUUCAUGCCCAUCAGUCGCCUUCGCAAAUUUCACAGAGCAUAAGUGCACCAGGUGCUUCCAAAAGGUAUAGCACUGGUGCUCCACGGGGUUCUAUGGAUACGAUUGAUAGAAAUAACCACAAAGAAAAAUACACCGCACCUUAUUAUGCUUCGGUGCAACCAAUCAGAAAACCUAGUCAUAUUCCGGUGAGUCAGCCUAAAGGCCCACCAGUCACAAAGCCAUGCCAAGUUGUUAGUCCCACGGUGCCAAUCAUCAGGCCCACCCCUUUCGUCAUUGCAGGGGCGGUACCAGAGUUACGACACGCCGUCAAAGCAGCGCCAGGUCUGCAAGCACGAAAAAUUCAUAAUGCGCCACCUAUUAUGCCUUUUGGAAAUCCAUCAUUUUUCAACCAAGGCGAAUACGACAGACCAGACCCCAGUGAUAUUCCCGAAGAAAGCCGAAUGAUGAUUUCAAAUAUGUUGAAAGAAUUGAACCAGGUCGUAAGUCCUUCACACCCAAAUCGUAGAAAGAUGAACAAGAUGGAAGGCAAUGAAAAAAUGCAGAACAGAAAUUCAUCAGACGACAUUUUUGUCACUGCUACUUAUCGUGAGCCACUAAGCCCUCAUCAAGCUGUACACACUCCCCAUCAGGUACCCCAGCAAGGCCUACCCGUCAAUCCUCACAGAAAACCUCCAUCUCCUCUUCAUGGACACCAGAAAGGCUUAAUCUCUCCUCCACGACAAAGUCCAAAAUCUUCCCCAGUUAAAAGAAAUAUCUUUGAAAAAACUGAGGAGGAGGAUUCGAGGUGCUCGAUUUCACCUCCCCCUCCCCCUAUACCUCCAAAACCAAAUCUGGAAGGAGGGCGUAGAGUGUCAAGGGGAUCCCGAGCCAGUAGCACUUCUUCUCAGUCCACUUUAACGCCUUCUCCUGCUUUGGUGGCAAACAUUGAUGGAAGAACUAUGUCCAUUAUGUCGAGUCCCGAGGACGAAGCUUUUCAACAAUCUAAUUCUCAGCCCCCGCCGUUACCUGUCAGAAGAAUGCAAACAGAAAAAGAGUUACAAAGAACUGCAGAGGUGAAACCCAAUGCAGUUGUUCAACGCAGUAACUCAAGUCCUAGAGUUAAGCCAAGAUCUUCACAAAUACAUCACAGAAGAGAAAUUCUUACGCCGGUUAUGCAUUCCGAUGAUGACAGAGAGUCCACCAGUUCUAAGCCUUUCAGCGAACAUUCUUCUGUAGUGCUUUUACAACCGAUUGAAUUAAAACUUGCAAGACCAGCCUACGUAAAGCAGCUUUCUUGUCCUGCUGACGACUGUUACACGCAGUACACCCGUGCCUUUCUUGCAAACACUGACUAUAUGAUAUCGAAUCUUGACCGCAAUUUUUCUAGGUCAAGCGACACAAUUUAUUCAAGUUUUUCUCACGGUCCACCAACGCCAAAAUUUCCUGUUCUGAGUUCUGCAGCAUCAUCAUCUUUGACCCAGUUACUGCAGGAACUUGCAGGGGAGCAAUCCAGCAAAAAUCAGGAUAUUUUCUUUAAGCAAGAACAUUCUCAACCUUUAAACACAGAGGACACAGAAGGUCAAAAGAGGUCGUCUCAUGGAUUUGGUAAACCCCCCUCAAGUGGACAAUCUGGACAUAAUUCUAAAAGAAAGCCGACACGACUUCCAGUUCCUGUGAAAGCAAAACAGAAUUCCCCUGUUAAAGAAUCAUCGGCGAAACCAAAUCUGGUUCAAAACUCAUUUCAAGUUAAACGACGCGGAAACUUUACAAUGCCGGUUAGGCCCUGCAAAAGCCUUGACUAUAUACCAAGUGAUAGAGAGGACAAUGCGUCAUCAGCUGCGUCAUCAACGUGUGGAAGUCCUAAAAUGACGCGUGAUUAUAUUGAUCCGUACUAUCAAGCUAGAAUUGAGGAGUAUCUUGCAGGAAGAAAUCCUCUUGGACUUGACAGUUUAAGUUUGUCGUCCAUAGCUAGCAGUAGCGAAAUGUCAAAGAGCGACCCUGCCUUAAACAUGGAUUCGGGAUCGGCGGCGUAUGAAUCUGAAUACGACAAUUAUCGCCCAGGUAUGACAAGUGAUGAGGAUUAUUUUAUAUCUGACCCCUUCAGCGACCUUGAAAUGUUAGAUGAACUUGAUAUUGAUCACGUGACAGUCAGUGAUCAGUUUAGUAUUGAUAUGCCCGUACCAGGUUUACAAAAGAAAACCACGACAGAAGUGUAAUGAUUUGUUUUAUAGAUAACUUAAUACGGAAACAUUUCCAGUGACAGUAUUCCAAAAAAUGGGUUUGGUCGUGCGCAGCAAAAAGACAGUUGAUACAUGUAAUUUAUUGACGUCAAACUUGUGAAAAAAAUGAGAGAGAGAGAGAGGUUGUGAACUAUUGCAAUGUAUUUAUAACAGAAUACUCAUUUCAUGAUGUUGUUUUUAAAUUUAUGACCUUGGUGCUUUUGUCGUUGGACGUGAUUUAAUGUUUUAGAUAAUGCAUACUUGUGCUUAUUUUAUCCCACACUAGUGUUCAUUGUAAAAAAAAAAAAAAAAAGAACCCUUGAUUACUCUGGCGAUUCCGCUGUUCAAGCCUUGCGUAACAGAUUUGAGAUUUUUUUUUAAUAAAUGACAUAAGUCAUCAGGAA